UGACCAACAAGCGACUUUUCCGGGUUAUUUUCACGUAUCUGAUACCUGAAUAGUGACCAAUUUCCCAUAGAAAUGAUUUCAUUAAUUGGCAUAUCGCUGAUAUUUUGCGUUGUUUUAUGUCACCAAUCUAAUCCAAUCCUCUUAGUACCCAAAGGGCGGAGUAAAAAAUAAGAAAAAUAAUUAAAUAAUCUUAUCAGUCGAACUGAAUUCUUAUUCUGAAUUAAACUUUGAUCCAUUUACUUUAGUAAAUCUAGGCUUUUCCCACACUAUUUACAAAAAUGGUAAAGCACAUGCGUGCCGCGAUAAUAGAAACAUAUGGAGGACCAGAAGUUUUUCAAAUUCGCAAUGACGUACCAAUUCCAACUAUAACUGACAAGCAAGUUUUAGUGAAAGUUAAAUAUGCGGGUGUAAAUCCAGUAGAUACGUAUCUUCGUGAAGGUGCAAUGAAUGAUCUUGAUUUUCCUCAUAUUCUUGGUAAAGAUGCCGCUGGAAUAAUUGAAGCAGUAGGAAAAAAUGUGAAAAGUUUAAAGGUUGGAGAUAGCGUAUUUGUUUGUAAACUGUCCCAAAAUACUCAAGGUACUUACGCUGAUUACGUAGCAGUGGACGAAAAAGAAACUUUUCUACUUGGAAAUCUUACUUAUCAACAGGGUGCUUCAGCCGGAAUUGCUUAUUUCACAGCAUACAGAGCGUUAAUUUUUAAAGCAAAUGCUAAGAAAGGAGAAACUGUUCUUGUUCAUGGUGCAAGUGGUGCAGUGGGUUUAGCAGCUAUACAGAUGUGUAAACAUUAUGGCAUGACUACUAUCGGUACUGCAGGAACUUCGGAAGGGAUGAAAUUAGUUCGAGAAAGUGGCGCCGAUUACGUUUUUUCUCAUAAAGAUAAAAAUUAUAUAGAUGCAAUAAAGCAAACAACUGGAAAUACCGGAAUAGAUGUUAUCUUAGAAAUGUUAUCGAAUGUUAAUUUAGGAAAGGAUUUGGAAAUUUUAGCUCCUCGAGGAAGAGUCAUGAUCAUCGGUUGCAGAGGAAAUGUAACAAUUAAUCCCAGAUUGAUGAUGGCUUCUGAAACUACAAUUACUGGUGUAUCGUUGCUUUCCACAACCGAUGAAGAAUGGCUUGAAGGCGCAAUAAAAACCUGUUUCGGUUUUGCAGAUGGAUGGUUGAAACCAAUUGUACACCGCGUUUAUCCUUUACAAAAUGUCGGUGAUGCUCAUCACGAUAUAAUUUACUCAAAAGGAGCAAAAGGAAACUUAGUGAUAUCAUUCGAAUAAGGCUAUUACGGCGAAUUUACCCAUCCGUUUACACCGAAUACAAUAAAAUAAUGAAUGUUGUAAUUUCAAUGCAAUGAAUUACAAAGUAACCAUUAUCUUUAUAAAUCAUUGCGUAAAGUACAAAAUCUUUCAAAAUGUAUUCUUUCAUUUAAAAUUACUGUAAUUAUGUUAAUUAUUAUUCGAGAAGUAUGCAAUGCAAUGUAUUGUACACCAAUCAAUAUAGUAAUUGUUCAAGUUUCAUCUUCCAUCUGAACUCAAACGUCUUGUUGUGUACUACUGUACUCUUAAUCAUAAGGGAAAGUAUUGGAAUCGUGUCAAAUUUGGCACUAUGAGUUUUUGAAAAUUUCCUGUUUCGAGAUCUGGACCAAAAAGACUGAAAAAAAA